UCUCCUCUUUAUAUCAAUCGCCAUGGCCUCCAAUAUGGAGACCAAGGACAAGGCGAACCCAUUCAGCGACAGGUUCGCUACCCCGCCGCUCGAGACACAGAACCCCAACGUCGUCGUCGCCACCGACGCCCCGCCAAGCUACUUCAACGCGCCGCCGCCCGUCGACCGCCGCGUCUCUGCCCUCGCGCAGGGCCAAGAACCCAACUACUUCAACCGCCCGACCAACAACCGGCGCGUAUCAGCCCUCACGCCCGCCGCCGUACCCGACGACCCGUUCUCCACCCCGCCCAUCCGUAUCCCCGAGGCGCCGCCCGACCCGCGCGGACCGUGCGUGCUCUCUCCCCCGCCGCGAAGGAGCAUCGAGUUCGACCCCGCCCGCGACCCCCACCUAGAGUUUGAGCCCGACAAGGAUUACGCAUACAAGCCGCAGCAGCGUGUGUUUGGUGCCGGAGACCCCAAGGUAGACAAGGGCAUCAACACCGACUACGAUACCAACCUCAAGCCCGAGUACAACGCGUACUACAACUCUGUGAGGCCCCAUCCCAACCCGUACGACGACGUGCCGACAGCCGAGGCCGCCCAGCGCCUGAGCAUCGCCAACGAGGAGAACACGCGCAACGACGAUCCCCCCCCGCCGCUGCCCCUCCGCCCGUGCCCUGAGAACCACCCGUCACGCAAGCAGAGUAUCGUGAAGAAGCACAAGGAGCAGCUCAAGAGCCGACACGAGAAGAUCAAGGAGAAGCUUAAAGGAAACAAGGAGAACCACACCAAGGAGAAGAUGGAUAACCGCGACUACGAGGAGAGCGGUGGCCGCCGCACCCCCCGCGGAGGCGUGUGGCAGAAGGAGAGGCGCGACUGGCGCACGGGCGAGCCGAUCGACGACGACUCGAUCUACCGCCACGACCUGCACGACGCAGGUUAUCAGGACGGCCAGCCGCGCCGCCGGCGCGGAUCACAGUCGCAGGCCGGGUGUACCGACUGCGCGCUGUACUUUAUCGCCCUCUUCGUACCGCCGAUCCCUGUGUUCAUGAAGAUGGGGUGGGGCUGCGAGGUCAUCAUCAACAUUGUUCUCUGGAUCUGCGGAUGGGUCCUCGGCGUCGUGCAUGCCUGGUACAUCAUCCACACGAACCCCGGCACUGUUGUGUAAGGAGAGAUGUAGUCAGAACUUAGAGUGGUUCAGUUUGAAGAGUCGAGUGUAAUGCAACG